UUUUGAAUCAGCUGGCAAUGUAAGAAUUGUGCAAUAGGCGCACGGGCCUUUUUUGUAAAUAUUGUAAAUUAAAGUGAAUAUAAAAUGACGAGCACAAAAGUGAAAAACUUACUAGCCCUAAGCGCCACAGCCUUAGGGGCCUUUUAUCUGGGUACUUACACAGAGCGUCGCCAGAGCAACGCUGAUGAAUAUUGUGAACGGACGCUCGCACGCUUACCUGGAUUUCCAGUGUUUUCCACUGUUUCCGCUGCUGAACUGAUACCUGCCAGCGAAGUAAAUCUAACUGCCCGGCCAUCACGUAUAGCAGAGAUUAUGAAAUACGGGUUUCCCGGCAUGGACAAUGUGCGCUCCCACUCCGACUACGUGCUCUCCUACGACAGGCGCAAUCGCGUGCCCCACUGGGUGUUCGAGCACCUGACAGCCGCAUCGGUGGCCAAAAAUGAUGCAGUCGAUCGGUCGAAAUGUGACUUCCGACCAGACGAAAGCAUACAUCCGUACUUCCGCGCCCAAAACACCGAUUACCGUCGAUCCGGCUACGAUCGUGGUCACAUGGCCGCCGCCGGCAAUCAUCGACUGCAUCAGAAGCACUGCGAAGAUACCUUCCUCCUCUCCAACAUGGCGCCGCAAGUGGGUCAAGGCUUCAAUCGCGACUCCUGGAACUCCCUAGAGAUGUACGUACGGAAGCUGACGCAAAGCCAUCCCAAUGUCUAUGUGUGCACAGGACCACUCUACCUGCCCCAUAAGGAGGACGAUGGCAAGUCGUAUGUCAAGUACGAGGUGAUUGGAGCCAACACUGUAGCCGUGCCCACCCACUUCUACAAGGUAAUUGUGGCCGAGGCAGCCGACAAGAAGCUGCACAUGGAGGCAUAUGUGAUGCCCAACCAGGUGAUCAGCAACGAUACGCCACUGAAGGUAUUCCAGGUGCCGCCCGAAACGGUGGAGCGCGCUGCCGGCUUGCUCUUCUUCGAUAAGAUGAAUCGCCAACAAUUGGCGACAAUAAAUGGCAAAAAGGUUUAGUUCAAUAUAUUUUUUAGUAAAUUGUAUUUUUAGUUGUUGAAUUUUUGUUUCUUUUCCAAAGAAUUGUGUUCGAUUAAUAAACAGUAAACAAUUAA